AUGAUAUCCCUUCGAUCUAUCCUCGCAGCCCUUGCAUUGUUUGGACAGUAUGCCUCAGCGCAAAAAUACCUCUUCGCACACGUCGUGGUCGGAAACGCAGCCGCUCACACUCAAUCCACGUGGGAAGACAAUAUAAUCCUUACAAAAAACGCAGGACUUGAUUCCUCUGCGCUCAACUGUGGUUGUCCCGAAUCCAAUAUUCUCACUCAAGUCGCCAAUGCCUUUGCAGCUGCCGAAGCACUGGGCUCUAACUUCAAGCUGUUUUCCCUCUUCGACUACCUUGGUGGCGGAAAACCAUUGCCUGCCACUGGUAGUAACUCCCUUGUCUCUUAUCUCAAUCAGUAUGUCAGCAAAGCAUCGUAUUUCCUUUACAAGGGUGUUCCCUUUGGCUCAACAUUCGAAAGAACAGUAAACAUUGCCAACUGGGCUCAGGGAGGAAUUAUUCUCUCCGCUGUCGGCAAUUUGUAUUUUUUGCUCGAUUAG